UUAAAAUAAUUUUGACUUUUCAGUUAAAAACAUCUGAAAAGGAUAAGCAUAAAAACGUCUAAAAACAAUCAAGUGUUAUAGAAAAAAAAAGCGAAAAAAAUAAGGAUCAAUUGAUCUGCUGAGUGAAAGUUUCAAAUUUAAAAUUUUUGGUCGUGAGAAAAUAUUCGAAAAUCUUAUUUGUGAAAUUAAUUAAAAGAAUUGCAACUCAAUUAAUUAGAAAAUCAAAAUUUAAAAAAAAAAAAUUCAAAAAAAUUUCGUGUCAAAAUAAAAUUAAUCCAAUUUUGAUUUUGAAAAGAAAAAAAAAUAUUUGGAAAAAAAAAUAAAAUAAAAAUUUAUUUGUUAAAAGAAAAAAUAUCAAAAUUUGGAAUUUCUCGGAGGAUCUUAUUGAUUUAAACAAAAUUAUAAAUAUUGCUGAAAAAGAAAUAAAAUUAGAAGAAUCUAGUUUUGAAGAAGAAGAAAUAGAAGAAGCAGAAGAGACUCCUUUACUUGAAUUAAAUAAGAACAAAAGCAACAGAAUGUCAAUUUGCCAAAAAAUUUGUGUUAUUGCAAUUUCAUUUGCAUUAUUAAUCAGUAUUAUUGAAGCUGGUCCAAUAUCAUUUUUAAAUCGAGCGUUUCGUAAUGGUAGAGAAAUUCGUGCACCAUUCAAAAAUUCUGAAAUAAUGGUUGCAAGAGGUUUUGGUAAAAGACAUGUAGCAAACGAACAAUUAGAAGAACACAAAAAUGAAUUUAUAUUUGAUGAACAAGAAAGUAUACCAAUUGAAUGGAUGACCAAAGAAUUAAUAUCAAAUCCAGGACUUGCUCGUGCUAUCUUACAUCGUUUCGUUGAUACAAAUCGUGAUGGUUCAAUUUCAGCCAGAGAAUUAAUGGGUCCAUUAACUGAUGAUUCAAUUAAUAGUGGUAACAAUAAUAGCGGAAAUAAUGGAAAUGCCAAUAGUAAUAAUAAUUUCCAUUCAAAUGAUGGACUCUAUUAAAAAAAUCCCAAAAUUAUUGUAAUUAUAUUGAAAAUAUAUAAAAGAAAAAACAAUGUUCAAAUUAUUUAAUGUAUGAAAAUCAUGAAUUAAUUAACAAAAUUUCAAAGUCUAGGUUCCCCAGCAAAAAACAAAAAAUAAUUAUUUAAAUAUGAAAAAUAAAUGAAAAAUUUAAAAUAAAAAAAAUUUUAUUUUAAUAUUUAAUUUCAUCACUCUUCCUUUUUAGUUCAAUAAUUUUUAACUAACAUUGAAAACUGAUACUUUUAAUCGCACAUUAAUACAUAUUAAAAAUAAACUAUUAUACUAAAGAAUUAUUAUACUAAAUAGAAAAUAUUAUAAAAAUUUCUAAAUGUUAACAAAAAAACAUUAAAUUUGUUUUAAAAAUUAAAUAAUAUUAAAAAAUAUUUAA